AUGCCAAAUCCUACUCUUCUCAAAGCUGCCGGAUACGGCUCCCUUCUUUUUGCCAUAAAGCAUGCGGUGAGUGUCGAACAAAAUGCCAAUGAGAGCUAUACGAUGGGCGAGCAUGAUCUCACUUUAUUUUGUCAGGCUUCCGGGAAAGAAUUCCAGCAUCUCCGCCAGUUUCAGGAACUGCCAAAUAUCGCAUACACACGCAGUACAGUUGGAUGGUACCAAGGAAGUGCCUACUUGGUUCUAACUGCUCUCCUUAAUCUCCAUUGGGCACAAAAUCCCAAAUCUUUGGAAGAACCACUAAACCGUGCCAUGGCUGCCCUGCUUAUUCUUAUUGCCUGGGCCAGUUCUGCUUGGUAUCUCCGCAGAGGUGUAAAGGCGAGCGGAAUUCUCACAGCGACUGCCGGUAUAUUCCAGGCCUGGGCAGCCCUUCAUUGA